AUGUCAUUGUACAUAUUAGAAGAGACGCCAGCCGACGGCCCAGACGAAGUCAUGCGCUGCUCCUUCUUCGCCUUCGAUCGGGGUAUAUGCGCUGCCGACGCAGAUGAGAACCGCCUGCGCUUCUCCCACAUCAUCAUCUGCGAACCAGUAGAUGACCCGUUGGCGCUUUGCCGUGAAUGUGUCGAAGUCAUGCACUGCUACGACGAGGUCAAUGAGUUUAUUGAGAAAGAGGGAUCGAAGCAGCAGAAGAAGUUGUUUACCCAGGAAGGAAAGGUCACUUAUAAGUGCAUGAUGAUGGAAAGACCAACAGAGAAAGACCUUGCCGAGCUGUGGCAAGAACGAUUCAAACGCAGCGGUCCUGAAGGUUGUCAGCGGGUUCUUGGGGAACAUCAGAUCUGCGCGAACGACUACGAAUUCUACCUAAAGAAGCCAAGUGGUAAAGAGGUCAUUGAUAAAUACUUUGGCGAAGAUCGCAUAAGAAGAAGUGUACCCGCUGGGCCAUAG